AUGGCAGAUACAACGCUUCAGUCAUGGGAGUACUUGGAAACUCUUCCAGGAACGCAGUUUUACCGGCUAUACCGCAGCCCGGCAUCUGCACUGGCGAUUUUCCGCAAGCGGCUGACGAGUCUGGCCAAGUCGUUCGUCAUGAUGCUUGUAUACAUGCCUGCACCAGUACCGGUGAAACAACUGGAGCUUUUUGUCAAGGACACAAGCCGCGGAGAGCGGGAAUACGCCAUUGACCUGCUUCACCGCUACCACAUCUUCAAGGAUGUUACCUACAACGGCGCAAAGGCGUACGCUUUGACCCCGGACUUUGCAAAGUCACUACGGCGCGCGUUGACCGGUGCAGGUGACAGCCGGUCUUUCGGACAAGUGGCCACCAACGUCCCGGAGGACCAAAAAGUGACCAUUGCACAACUGGACGAGUACGCUCGGCAACGAUGGGAAGGCAUCUUGGGAUACAUGGUGGGGUCGUCGUCCAUUCUGCUGGAGAGCGGGACGACGGAGAACCAGGCCUCGAUCCAGCCGUCGCCGGGCGUCAUUGAGCUGCUCAAGGCGGGCCACCUGAUCGAAUUAACUGGAACGUACAGUCGGGGGCAAGCGGCCAAGAUCACCAAGGAAGGAUUCGCCUUUGUGCUGCAAGACAUAAACACGCAGAUUUGGGCCUUAUUGUUUCUCUACGUCGACAACGCAGAGGUAUUUGAAAUGGACAAGGUCGAUGUCCUGUCAUUUUUGUUCUUCGUGUCAUCCCUCGAACUGGGCCUGGCAUAUUCCACCGCACCUCUCGACGAGACCCAGUCACGAUGUCUGUCGGACCUGGUCUCCUUCGGUAUAGUGUACCAGCCACUAUUGGAGGACGGCACGCCCGUCGACUACUUUUACCCGACACGCCUAGCAACGACCUUGACCUCUGAUUCGAGUACCACCCUCUCCGCCACAAACACGACGCUCGCCUCUUCCCUGUCAACGAAAUCAGCACACUCAUCCUCCUCCUCAUCAGCCGGCGCAGGCAAAGGCUUCAUCAUUGUCGAAACAAACUAUCGACUCUACGCAUACACAUCAUCGCCACUUCAAAUUGCUUUGCUAUCUUUGUUCGUCAACCUGCGAUCCCGCCACCCCAAUUUGGUCACGGGCAAAAUGAGCAAGUCGUCCGUCCAGCGCGCCAUCCAAGCCGGCAUCACCGCCGACCAGAUCAUCUCGUACCUCACCUCCCAUGCACACCCGCAGAUGCGCCGCCACGCACAGGCCGAACAGGCCCGCAACGCCGACCCCAAUCGCGUCGUGCCCAUCUUGCCCGCCACCAUUCUCGACCAGAUCCACCUGUGGCAGCUGGAACGUGAUCGUAUGACCACCACCCCGGGCUUCCUGUUGAAGGAUUUCCCCAACCAAGCCGACUAUGAAGCCCCCUGUCGCUAUGCCGAUGAGAUCGGUGUCCUGGUCUGGAAGAAUGACAAGAAACGCAUGUUCUUCGUCAACAGGAUCGAAGGGGUUCGCGCUUUCAUGGCUGAACGCCGCGCAAAUGCCCAAGGCUGA